AUGCGGGAAGAGCCGUCGGCGAACGCCGACUCCACACUCAACAAACUGUUGCAGGCCGCGGAUCUGACAGGGUAACGAAUGAAAACAUUGACUCACAAAAACCAAAAACCAUCACAUUUCACCUGUUUUAGACUGCCUAAUAUAAAAACAAUUCUAGAUGUCAACAUCUGAUUCACGCCUAACGUCGUCUUAUUUUCAGUUAUGAGCCUGACUUGCGUCGAAAGCUGAAACUUCGAAACGCGGCCGAUUUGCAGUAUGUUGAAGAAGUGGAUCUCUCUUCAAUUGGUGAUUAAUUUGUUCAAUUCCACUAGGAGUAGAUAUAAAAACAAAAAAACCUUCCAAUAUUUGUUCAGCGAUUCGAAAUAGUUCACAUGUUUACCUUGCCACCCGAUUUCCAACAAUUUCAUGUUUUUCCCAGAAAAAUCUGGCUUUUUGUUGCAGCUUCUGUACUAAUAAUAAUUUUUCAUUGAAACAAUUACAGGAAUGAGCCGCCCGGAGCAGAAGCGUCUUCGGAAAGAGUACGCCAGAAUGUACCCGAGUGGUCUGUUCGGAAAAGUCAAAAAAGCGUUCAAACGAGGCGAAAGUCUGGACCGAAAGAAUUCGAACUCGACAGACAACCGAGAUGACGAAGAUCACCACGUGAUUCCUAUUGAUAAGUGAGUUUCUGAAAAGCAUAAUUAUCAAACGAAAAAUUUAUUCAGAAUAACUCUUUGCAAAGAAUUGGGUCAGGGAGAGUUCGGAUCAGUGUGGCAGGCUGCGUGGAAGAAUUCUUCUGGGGGUGAGGUUACGCAGGUUAGUCAUAAAUGUUCCAAGAUCUAAAAAAAACACCGUAAAACUUUUGCAGGUGGCAGUGAAGUGCGUUGGCUCCGACAAACUGCUCGCCACGUCAUCUUCCUUCCUUCAAGAAGCAGCGAUCAUGACGAGAAUGCGUCAUGAGCACGUCGUGCGACUGUUCGGAGUCGUUCUCGACACAAAGAAGAUCAUGCUCGUUUCGGAGCUCGCCACGUGCGGAUCCUUGCUCGAAUGCCUUCACAAACCGGCUCUCCGGGACAGCUUCCCAGUUCAUGUUCUAUGUGAUUACGCCGAGCAAAUUGCCAUGGUAAAAAUCACAAAACUCCCUUAUCAUUUCGAUAAAACCAUUCCAGGGAAUGUCGUAUCUCGAAUCCCAACGUCUUAUUCAUCGUGAUCUGGCCGCCCGGAAUGUGCUAGUUUUCAGUCCGAAACUAGUCAAAAUAUCCGAUUUCGGACUCUCUCGGAGUCUCGGAGUUGGCGAAGAUUAUUAUCGCAGUGAGUUCACGCCGAACCUGAAACUGCCAAUUGCCUGGUGUGCUCCCGAAUGCAUCAAUUUCCUCAAAUUCACUUCAAAAUCGGACGUUUGGGCGUUCGGAGUAACAAUCUGGGAGAUGUUUUCGUACGGAGAAAUGCCGUGGAAGGGACGCAGCGGAGCACAGAUUCUGGAGCUUGUCGAUCGAAAGUGAGUGAUUCACUGACUAAUAGUGAAGGCUAUGAUUAGUUUGAAUUAAAAGUUUUCUUCUUUCAGAAAAGAGUUAUUGCCCCGACCUGUCGCCUGUCCGGAAGACAUGUACGAUAUGCUCAAAGAAACGUGGACCCAUCAAGUUCAGGACCGUCCCACGUUCUCCGACAUCGUCGCCCAGUUCCCAGAACGACGCGCUCAAUCCGUUCGAGCUGUCGUCGAUUGCCGAGAUUCCGCCGAAGAUCAUCUGCGCUUCAAAAAGGACGAUCUUAUUGUCGUUAUCAGCCGAUCGUGAGUUUUCAAAUAUUCUGUUGAUUAUCCAUCAAUCUCUGCCCAGGCCUCAACAAUAUCCGGACGGCUACUACUGGUUCGGCUCCCUUAGAAACGGAAAACUUGGACUUUUUCGUCCUACAGACACAGUUGCACACCUCGGAUCGGAACCGCCCUGUUCGAACGGAAGUCUUGAGAAUGGAUUCAACGGAGAGAAGUCGGAGAAGAGCAAGAAAAGCAAGAAAGUGGAUAAGGAAGGCGAACGGGAGAAGAAGAAGCUGAUGAUUAGUGAGCCCGUCGGAGAAGUGCGACAUACUUGCCACGUGGGCAUCGAUGGAACUACCUUCGGACUUCUGCAUCUGGACAAAAAGGCGAUGGGCCCGACGUCGUCUUCCCCUUCCACUUCUAGAGGAUCGACAGCCACUUCUCAAGCGUCUCCCGCACCGUCCCAUGUGAGUUCUGAUAUGCAUCCCGAAAUCAUUGCGAUUACUUUCAGACAUCCUCUUCCACCACUUCAUCCGUGCAACUAAGAGAAAACGUGGCGAGACACGGGGUGAAUCUGAAGGAGACGAUGUCGCUCCGAGACGUCGGUCCGUUGAGUCGAGAAGCCAUCAACCUCCGGGAGACAGUCUCUCCUCCGAUCUCCCGUGCUCCAUCGCAACCGCCUUCCUACUCCCAGCCCCGUCCGCCGCCGCGAAGCAUCUCGACCCUUCCGCACCCCGCCACCAACCUUUCUUCGGAUCAGUUCGCUUCUCUUGAUCGAAUACGCGGAUCCGUCACUCCGACAGCACCUCCUCUCACAGCUUCGGCGGCUAGUUCUCUCAAAAAUCCGAUCAAUGGAAUUUCGCUUUCGAUUCCUCCAGCAACUUCGACAGCGCUGACUUAUAUGGAUGACCAGGAGGACGACGAGCGAGGAGCGACUUCGCCGAAGUCUCCCGGCAGUUGUGUCUCAGCGUCCACCACGAUGACCGCCCUCUCGGCCAGACACCAACCGGUUCCCGCGCCAAGAGGCCCUGUUGCAGCGGUCUACGCGAGAGGGUUCGUUUUGAAAAAAUACAGAAAAUCAUUGUAAAUUCAAACAUUCCAGAAAAGACAUUCCAACACCUGCUUCGAAAGCCGACGUGGCUCUCUGUGAAGAAAUCGAACAUCUGAAUCGUGAUCUGACAAAUUAUUCAAUCGGAACCAUCUGUGACUACUCGGAGGACCGUCCGCUGCUCGAUUCCUUCAACCGACGAGACGGCAGUCAUCCGUCCACCUCUGCCUUCAUUCAACCACCACCGGAAGCUCGCCUCAGAUACAUGACUGAAGAAGAAGCGAGAAAAAUGAGCGAGAAGUCGAUUCGCGAGCAUCGGAAGACCGAAGAUCUGUUGAGAGAAGAGAGACAGAGAGAGAGGAAAGGUGCAGGAGAUGCUCCAGAUGAGGAGGAACCGACGGAAAGUCUAUUCUCUGCAAGUCAACGGCAGCAAGAGGGAUGGACGUCGGCUGCGCAGGAAGCGUACAAACUUCUCGUCGAAUGCGGAACCAAUCUGAAGCAGGCCUCCGUCUCUCCACCUCCUUCGAAAGCGAUGUCUCCCGUCGGCUUCAGACUUGCCACGCUCGACAGACCGACUUCCGCAGCGACGGAUCGAUCGAGUGUGUCUCCGGCUCCACCUCGACCAGUCACUCCACCAAUUUCCGCCCGUACUGAUACCAUUUCGAUGAGAAAAACGUUAGCUUCUGAAGACGAUGUCGAGCAGGUAACGGUUGAGGAGAACUCGCCAAAGAGAGUGCAUAUUAUCGAGACGAAACUCAUUGACGGACCUGCAAGAGGAAUGAGUCCUGUUCAGGUGAGAAAACUGAUUUUAACUUGUUUUCUAAUUGAGCUUGAAUUAUAGGACCGUCACGUUCCUGCCUUCACCACGCCCAUGUCCAGCACAUUCCGCAAAGCUCCUGCUCCUACUCCGAACGGAAACCACCUUUCCGACCAGAAACCUCCGCCCUGCCGGCCUCCGAAAACUCGCCAAUUCCCGCUUGUCAUUGAUGAACGCAAUCUCGCUUAUGACAAUCUGAAUGGAUUCGGAGCUGGAGCACGUGUAGCCCCUCCGGUUCCACCUAAACCCAAAGUCAGGUACGGCUCGCAGAACAUUUCGUGAUUCUACAAAGUGCAGAACAAUUUUCAGUUUUGCCGAUGAUCGAAUUGCCACGUCGCCGACCAAGGAGCUUGUUAACUAG